AUGACAGAAGUCACAGAACUCGAACCUUUUGAGUCUGAGCUGUUGGCAAUUCAUCACUUGGAUGAAAGCGCUUUGACGCGAUUGGAGCAAGAAGUCGGUCUGGGUGGUGGUGGAUCGUGGUGGAUCGACCCCAGUCAAACUCCGGUGGAGCUUGAUGCUCAUGGUGAACUUGACGAGGGUGCCAUUGUGGAUGUGGAAGCCCAAGUGCGUGUGUGGCUUCGGCACUCUUUUGACAAAAAUCCCACUUUCCGGGACCAUAAUUAUCACCUACUAAAUCGGUUGAAUGAAUUAGCUCGACUUCAAGGGUUGGUUGAGCAGGCUCAACUGCAGCAGUCUAUGGACCUGAGUGAUGGAGCUCGUGAACAACUGUAUCACUCCACUUUGUCUUUGCAUUCACAGGCCGUGCCCAAUUUGGGCGCCUCAUAUGAUCUGACGAAUCCAACACCGGGUCUGCAUCAUUUUGAUGUUCAUCGAAGCUUAGAAGGCUCGUUAUCACAGCAACAACAGUAUGCACAAAUGGGUUACAAAUAUGGCCCGUACAGUCAAGGCUGGUCAUCGGACACCCGUCACGGAUCUGUUUCUGGCUAUGAUAGUCCAUCUAGAGAAAAUAACGGCUUUGCUCCUUAUUUGGUUGGGGGUUCACUGUAUGAAUCAACACUUGGUAAUGGUAGACUUGAUGCAAAGCCUUCCGGAAUGCCUCAGGUACACCGAAAUCCCAAAUACUUACCGAGUAAUCCGGCAUAUGGCCUUCGAAAACGACCAUCUUUUACUGGCGUGAUGGGUCGCCUACCGUUGCCGGAUGCAACUAGUAGCCCCGACAGGUCCCACGAUCGUCAUGCCUUGCGGGGAAAUGAAAACAAUCCAGGGGAACGCAAAAACUCAGCUCACGGCUCUAUGCUAGAUAACCUGUUGCGUCCGACCUUGACCUCCUCAUUGCCGUUCUCCGACCCAGAUAGUGAUGUCGAUGUGACAAAAAGUUUGGAUGGUCCACGUGGCGUUAAUCCACUUUCUCAAUCUUUGUCUGACGCUGAUAUGCUUCGAGUUUCAAAUAUAAAGCCCAAUGCCUCAUAUUCCAGUAUGCGGAGCUCAGACGUGUUUGAGAUGGCUCGUCUGCAAGAGUCGCAUUUGCGCAAACACAGUGGCAGUCGAAACAAGUUGCAUGGAUCCAGUGGUUCACUGACUAGCUCACUUCUGGACGUUCGUGCGAGUGCAGACCAAGCGCUUCGCAGCGGUGGUUCAGGAAAUCAAUCACAUGACGGCAGUAUAAGAAAUCUUUCAGAUGUUGAUUUGAGCAAAAGUCACGAUGGUGUUGUGGUAUUUCGUGACACAUCCCGGGGCCCACCCGAACGACAGCUCACUGUUCGAGCCAAGGAACCCAUAGAUUCCUUAGAAGAUGAGGAUAAUCGACGCACGCUAAUCAUACAUGAUAACGCUGAGCUCGGUGAUAACCUGACAGAAUCGGAAAACCACCUUCCUCCAGACUCGUUGCCCAACCAAGCCCGCGGGAAUGUAGUUGACCAUGAGUUGUCAGAACCUCCAACGCCUGUAAUAAAUGACCCACCAAAGACAAGCGGGAUUCGUACUGCCGUGAAUAAUGAAGUUCCAGGGCCUAACGUAUUUUUUCCGCAUUCCCCUGGCAAUGAGGACAGGGAUUCGGUUUCCAGUGUGCCAGAUCACAAGAAUCCUGUGACUCGACUGGACUCAUUUGAAUUACUUGAGGCUCGUAUGUCUGCAGAAACAUUUUCUCCCGGAGCUUUAAAGAGCGCUGGACCUCGAACUCCGUCACAUCAGAUGGGAGCUGAGAAUCUCCCUGAAACUACACAUUCUAACAUGAGUGGUCCACCACUAACAGCAAAACUUCCUAUUCCUGGCCAACCUCCUCGAAGUACUUCACCCACUCCCAGCCAUAGCCAACGUCCAUCUUAUCCCCGACCACCGUCUGGCCCACGUAUGCCUUCUGCUUCGAAUGGAUCUGGUCCUGCUACCAGUGCUCGUUCAUCGACCCGCUUACCCGUGCAAUCUAGGCUUCCAACUGCAAGUGCAUCGUCUGCAAACAGCAGAGUGGGACCUCGACCACCGGUACAGCCUCAACAAAUAGCUCAAAGGGGUCAGCUGUCGCGCCCUGGUUCAAGACCAUCUUCCGCCAGCUCUUCUUUAUCCCGACCGCGAUCGAGAGAACCGAUGACUCAAAUACAAUCAAACACCACCAAUACUGGUCGAAUUCCGGUCCGUGCUAUGCCUCCCGUGUCGAAGUUGGCUGGGGACCAUCAGUCACGUCCGACCACAUCGCAGCUUCAGGUCACGCGUUCUGACACUUCCCCUGUUCGUUCAACCAGAAUGAAUAAUAAACGUCUAGGCCAACGUCCUGUCGCUCCCGGUUCUCGACGAACAUGA